GGCCGUCCGUGGCUUCAUCCCAUGGCCGCAGGACACCUAAGCUAAAUUCCCUGAAAGUCAGUCUACUGUUGUUGGCAAAGCAGAGGAUGCGAUUCCCAUUCCCGACUGCUUUCUUUCUCCGUUUCAUUUCAUUCCCCUUCCGUCCUCCUUCCCCAUCACCCACCCCCACCGCCGCCUGACGCGCUGCGGCGGCCCUGAGCACCGCCGACGCGCUCUCCCCGCCGACGGAGAGGCCGCAGUUCCUCCGACGCGCGCCCUUCCCCACCCUCCGCUCUGCCGCCACGUCACAAAACAAGACGGGUCGCGCCGCCGAACGAAUCGCCGGGAGUCGACCCUCGACCGGCGGGCGCUUCGAUCGGGAGCUGGAGGUUGCGGCUAUGAAGGUGACACUGUCUGAUGCUCUCUGUCUCUUGACUUGGAUAUAACAAGUUAUCUUCACUGCGAGUAAGCUUUAUUCGUCAAACAAAAAAAAGCUAGUAAUAUCUGCACGUGAUCAGGCAAAUUAGUCAAGACGGGCGCUCUUUGCUGCGUGGCCGCUAGGCCACAUGGGACAAAGUCUAAUCCUGCUAGCAGAGACUGUUCCAUGGAUCCUACAGAGCCUCGUUGGCGGAUGAAUUCGAGCUUCUCUCCUCCGGUGUCGCGGGGAUGGGACUGCAUGUACUCAUCAGACGGAUUGCCUCAGGGGACUCUUGAUGCUCCACAUGAUCACCCACCUUAUGUGUCAUCAAUAUCAUCGCAUAGUAAAGGAAGUAGAAGUGCAUUUGGCAGCGACCAGUACCUGAAUCACCACCAUUCUGUAUCUGAUGGAGCACUUUCUUAUUUUGGUAGUCCUGUGGACAGCUUUCAGGCUCCACGCUGGACACCUUCUCUUCAAAGGUUUGAUCUUGGCGAGUUCUCUACACCUGCAGGAGGACCGGAACCUGAAAGUUCUGAUUAUCCCCAAUCCAGUGAGUUAACUGCUGUGAGCAGUUUCAGUUCUGCAUCCCCCUUCUCAGAAUCAAGUCAGCUGGCAUCUUCUAGUAAACGAACAGGUUCACAUCUAGCUCGGAAUCAUCUGGGAAGGCGAUCCUUCAUGUCAAAACCAGUCUACCCGCUGGUCUUCCGGAAUCCGGUGUCAGAAGCAGAAACCUCUGGGAUGCCUGAGGCUAGUAAUGCUGGGCGAACAACACCUAGUGAUGACAGCCGAGCUUCUCCUGUAUGGAGACGCAGUUUGGCGAGUCCUGAGCUGAAGUUCCAUGACACAUUGAGUGAACUUCGGAAGAUGGAGGCUUCGCCUGAGCCAAACACAAGUUCAAGGAGGGAAGGAUUCAGAUGGAGUAGUGCUAGCAGCUAUGACUUCGGAUAUGAUGGAGAUGCCAUAGACAUUUCAGAUCAUAUUAGUAUUGAUUCCCAAAGAUCCCCGACAAGUUCGACGAGUUUCCUGAAAUGUGGCUUAUGUGAGAGAUUCCUUCGGCAGAAAUCACCAUGGAGCUCAAAUCGGAUAGUUCGAAAUACCAAUAUGCCAGUCGCAGCGGUCCUUCCAUGCCGACAUGUCUUCCACGCAGACUGCCUGGAGGAAAGUACUCCCAAGAGUGAAGUCCAUGAACCGCCUUGUCCACUGUGCGUGCGAGCUACUGAUAACGAAGGAUGUGUAUCAUUCUCGGAGCCUCUGCAUCUUGCCCUAAGAUCUGCUCGCAGGAAUCACGGCAUUAGGUUUCCUUCAGGUGGUACUGGUGGUAGCAGCAGCGCAGACCCUUCUCGCAGCGAUCAUGUCUUGAAGAGAAAUCAGUCUGCGCUCGUCCCGAGGCGCAGCGGCUCGCUGUUCCGGAACCGUUUCAAGAAGCAGUUCCCCUUCAAGGGGAGGAUUGGGAAGGAUCUCUUCAGCGGCAGAGUUUUCAGGAAGGUUGGCUCAUCGUCGUCUUCAGGCCAACAAGACGCCCCUCAUCAACCAGCAGCGGAGCCUGACCAAUCCAUGAAGUAGCUGGACCGAUGAUUUACCCUUUUCUGUCCAAAAAAAAGCCGUAGUACAUGUAUCAUAAUUUGUGAAAUGCGGUGUCCAUGCGCUACUUGUACUCGUACAAGACGUAGUUGUGUUUGUAUGGACGGUGCCCGGCCUGGACGUGCCACCAUGACCGCGUAGCUAUGGGUUAUGCCUGAAUCUGCUUAUACUGUAUUGAGCAUCUUGGGAGAUGAGAACUGUUAUCAUUCUGCCCCUGUCGUGCCUAGUUUUCCAAGGGCGUAAAUCUUGCAUCUGUGAUGUUUCUUUUA